UUCGGGAAGAAAUGAAUUAGUCAGACUCUUCUACCACUCCCAAACCCCCCUCUCCCCCUCUCUCUUUCUCUCUAUUCACAUACGCUCACGCGCGGAAACGAGAUCGAUUCUAUCUGCCGUGGAUGAAGGUAUGAAGCCGCUGCAUGAACAAAAAUGGAUAUAAAGAAAGAAGGAUCUUAAAGAACAACAAGCAGUGUGGGGAUCACAGGAGAUAGCCUAUGUAAAGCCGACUGCUUGAACAUGCGACAAAAAAGCCUUGACGGCGAAAAGCAUCAAUGGUGUACUAAAUAACACAUGCAUGAAACGGGAGCAUUUCUUCUCAGUCUGGAAGACGUUGGCAACUCCGACAAUAUCUAGGCGAACAAAACCAACGGGCACCGGCCUUGCUCGUUUUCGCACGGCUUUUUCAACGGUGUUGGAGCGCAAAGGAGGAGAGAGAGCAUCAGUAAUCAGACUAGGACACUCUCCUCAGCACCCUCCCACGACGAUACCGAACCGCGCUGCUGAGGCGGAGCGUGUCACUGGAUGUGGGUGAACACCGGGUGUGUAGGCUAAUACGCUGGGAUAGUGAGAUUUGGUCAUCCCAACCCUUAUGCACCUUCAGAACAUUUCCCAAUCUGGCGUGCUCAGGACUGAGAAGCAGGUGUAGUGGUGAGGGCGCUUCCAUGAGCGUCUUCUCCCGGGACGGCAUGUUUUUAGUUUAACCGGAUUUGUUGAAAAGACUGGGUGAAGAGGAUAAAGGCGAGUUUGGAAGUUUUGAUGCAUAUGAUCACAACCACCAUGAUUUUUAUGAUCCUCGGUGCUUCAGUUGUAAUGUGGUCACAGUACCAGGUCAUGUAGCGGUUGCUGUGUUCCAAUACUGCUUGUCAUGUCCUGGUUGACUCGAAUGGUUCUUUGCAGGCGAUAGCGUGUUUAAUGGACAUGAACGCACUCCUGGACCGCUUUCACAACUACAUCUUACCGCAUUUACGAGGGGAAGACCGCGUGUGUCAUUGCAACUGUGGAAGGCAUCAUGUUCACUACGUAAUUCCAUAUGACGGAGACCAUUCACUCGUGGACUCAUCUGAGAAUUACUUUGUGAGUGACAGUGUGACCAAACAGGAGAUGGACCUCAUGCUGGGGCUGUUGUUGGGGUUCUGUAUCAGCUGGCUGCUGUUGUGGCUGGAUGGAGCUUUGCACUGUGCUGUGAGGGCCUGGAGAGCCAGUCGCUAUUAUGAUACCCCUUCCUGGUCAUGGUUACCCCAGUUCUGUAACCUUCGGGACCUCCGUAGACGUGCACAGCUGCGGCAACUAGAGGAUUCCAGUGGAAACAUGGUGCAUAUCAAGCAGAAGCUCUAUCAUAAUGGUCAUCCCAGCCCCCGCCACCUCUGACUGUUUAAUGACAGUUUCCCCAAAACUGCUCCAUUACCAGCUGCUGCCUCAGAGACCCACUUUAAUUGUUCCACUACAGUUUGAACCAACUUUUAGACCUUCUAAAAGCACUCAAUGUGAUCAAGUAUUUGCAAAAACUAAAAAUCAAGAAGAAAGAAGAUUAUUGUUGUCAAUAUCCUGAUUUGUCUCUUCGUUCGCCAUGUCUGAGAUAGGAAAUUGGGCGAAUGUUUUUGGAAAGUUUUGUUUCUGUACAGGCUUAUUAUUUUCCAUUGCUGAAUCUAGGCAUGCACUUUUAGAAUGGGGGAGGAUGCAAGAAAUGUUUUUUGUGACAUUGGGAAUCAAUUAAGUUUGUUUUUCUUGCUUUCCCCCUACCUUUUUUUUUAGCUUUUUCAUUAGGAUAUGACUUUUUGGGAAAUGGGUGAUAAGUGUGGGUGGGGUGGGAGGGUCGAGGUCAUGGUUUUGUGAUGGUAUAGUUAGAGAUUACUGCUCAUGUAAAUACUUUUACAUAUUGUUUUAAGGGAUUUAAGACCACACAAAAGUAUGAAGUUCUUAUAGAAGAGUCAUGAAGUGUAUAAAAAGAGAGUAAAUGACAAAUGAAAAGAAUGAAUUUUGAAUGCAGAUGUGACAUGUGAACUGUUUGGAUACAGAUCACUCUAAAAAAGAUUGAUUAGCUUUGUUACUAUGUGAAUAAAUGAAUGUAUUAAUUUUAUCUGUAAAUAAAGAGAGUGCAGGAAGAUUUAAAUGUAUGGUCAGGGCUCUUUUUGCUGUUUUGAACAUCAUCCAUCAAAUGUGAGAGAGCCGCUAGCACUUGCAUUGUCUUCCCUACACUGUGUCCAAUACUCCUCCCUGGUCUGCUUUUAAACUACUCCAUACUCAAACAAGAACAACCAGCCUGCAAGCACAGAGAGCCCUGACCCAAUUUUCUCUUCCUCUUUAUGUCCAGACAUUGCUGUUGUGAAGAUAAAAUGUCUGUUUUAUUAAAAGUGCCAUUGAAGCACAACAGUGACACCUAGUUUUGGGUCAUUUCUGAACGACUAAAUGUGUCGAGGUGGCAAUAA